AUGGCACCAAGUCAUCGAAUAUUCACCCUCCUCUUCCUCUUCCUCGGGAUCCUUGUCCUUCCCUCUGCAGCUGACCAGACCAAAGAGAAAGCAUAUGUCUUAGGCACCGGUACAGAUGGAAAAACACGACAGCUGGCUGUCGACCGCAGGCCGGCGCUCUAUACCGGUGACUUUGGAGACUGUUUGGGCGGCGAAAGUCUGUUCAAUGUCACCAAAUUCGAUGGCGCAUAUUUUGCCGACAACAUGACCAUUGUCCUUCAUCUUGAUGCAACAAGCAAUAUCAGAAACGAGUCAACGAUGAAUGGCGAAAACAGACUCUCCAUGACUUUCAACCCAUGCAACGCUAUGAUCAGCAGUCUUUGCCCCCUUGUUGCCAACAAACCGGUGGGCGCUUAUAUCAUGAUCCCAGUCGCGCCCCGAGACGUAAGUGGCAUCCCGGACAUCGCCUAUGCGAUUCCCGACUUCGAAGGCACCCUGAAGCUACGGAUAUUUUCGAAUUCAAGUAUGACGGAAAUAGGAUGUUUCCAAGCGGUCAUGAGGAACGGGAACAGCUUUGCCCACCCCGACGCAGUCGCUUCCGCUCUAGGCGCAACCACGAUUUUAGCCAUCAUCGCCUCAUUUGCGACAGCCGCUUAUGGCGUCAGUGUAACUCACAUGAGGAUGCACUACGCCCACUCCUUCUCCGUCUUCAUCAUCUUGGAAACCUUCCAGGCCAUUUUCUUUUCGGGCGCCCUCUCUCUCGACUGGCCCUCCGUCCUAACAGCAUGGUGGAGCAACUUUGCUUGGUCUGCUGGCAUGAUCUACACCAAGAAAUUCGUGAACUCAGUCGAUUCAUUUGUUGGAUUCCAAGGCAACUCCAGUCAAGUUGGAGGCGCUGGUCCCGCGGUUCUCGAUACUAACGGGGGCUUGAUCUCCCAGAUUUACGGAAAGGCUGCUGAGAAGGCGGCGGAGACGCUCACGAAGAGGCAUGCUUACAAUGCCAGCAACCCUUACGAUUACAACUGGGCUGGGGACCCUGUUCAACUUGGCUUGCCUAUCCCAGGCUCUUGGUUUGGAUUCUCUGGAACGCUCUCCAUGGUCAAAAUCCCCGCCGCUGAUGCCGUUCUUGUCGGACUCACCUGGAUCGUGAUCGCGAUUGUCUUGGCGGGCGUUGCUGUUGUAGCUCUCAAGGGGUUCCUCGAGCUCCUUGCGCUCACAAAGAUGAUGAAUGCGGACAGCCUGCCCUACUUCCGCAGCCACUGGAUUGGAUUCACGGUCUUGGCCCUGCAGCGAACUUUUCUCGUGUCCUUCUUUGCCGUCAUGACUCUCACGAUGUACCAGUUCACAUACGGCGGCUCAGGGGAUGCAACUGUCAUUGCUGGAGUAUCUUUCGCGGUUUUCCUCAUCGGCGUUACCGUUCUGGUUGCUCUGGGAAUCCACUCCCGCACCAAGUCCGGGAGAUUUGAGUGUGGAACCGAAGAGCUUAUCUUCCACCGAGGAAAGAUGCUUGGCUGUCUCCCCGGUCUGACUCCGACCUGGGCAAGAACUGUGAAAAAGAACGAGCUGGAGGUUCAGCCAGUAUUUACAAUCUCGCUCUUCCGCAUUCGCCACGUCGACGAUGACCUCACCCGCCCGACCGUUCACGAAGACCAAGCUUUCGUCAAGAGCUGGGGCUGGAUGACCGCGAGAUAUAGGCGCACAAGAUGGUGGUUUACCGCCUUUUACGUUCCUUACCUGUUCGUUCGGGCAGCCUUCAUCGGAGGCGGAGCGCAAAACGUUUAUGCACAGAUCUACGGCCUGCUCGUCCUUGACAUCAUUUCGUUCGCCAUCAUGGUCAUCAUUAACCCCUUCGAAGGAGCUCGCAACACCGCCAUGGGUAUCUGGAUUCUCAGCAUCUGCAAGAUCUUCACCACGGGCCUCUCCAUCGCCUUCCUCCCGGAGUUCGCACUGAACAGGAUCAUUGUCACUGCGUUUGGCAUCAUCAUCAUUGUCAUCCAAGGCUUCACGGUCGUCGCUUUGUUGAUCCUCGUCGGUCUCGGUAUCAUCUCGACCUGGAUGUCGCUCUCACGAAACAAGGAGAGAUUCUUCGACGAGCUGGAAUGGGCCCGCGUCCGAUUCUUUGAGAACAUGGAGAGGAGAGCGCCAGACAUGCCGCAGCCGAAGAAGUCAGAGAAGGAGCAGGAACCAGCAGGGCCUGUAGAACCGUCGUUCGAAGUGGCCCAAGUAUGGCGCAUGUCCAAGAUCGUGGACGAGGAAGCAGACAUGGCAGGAUUCCAGGACCAGUCCUACAAGGACAUCCGGAUCUCAACAUCAGACGAGGAUGCAAGCAUCGGCGAAUCGGAAGACACCCUCCCCGUCCUGGAGGAGGUUCCCGAGAGUCCAAUCGACAAAAACGGCAGCACCACCUCGCUCGACAUACCCGCACCUCCAGGGGCCGCGCUCCACGCGCCGUCCUCCUCUCACCCAGGUAGCCGCUCGGUCAGCGCCGCCUCGACAGCUCGGUACAGCACAAACAGCGUGCCGCGCAACUCUCGCAAUUCCUACCGCAACUCGCGCGCGUCGCUCCACGGGCACCACCUGGACGCCAGGUUCACCGACCGUCCGGAUAGCUACCUGUCCCACAGUAACAACCGGCUGAGCAGCUACAGCGGCGGCCUGAACCGCAGCAGCAGCUUGAGGCCGGUUAGCAGCGUUCCAUCCAGGGCUUCCACUUUCUCGCCGGCGACGGGUUUGUCGACGCCGAGCAAGGAUACGCUGGCCAAGUACGCGGAGCAGAGGAGAUACUCGACUCCGCAGCCGUCGGCAGAGAUCUGGACUAAUAAGAGCAAUGCUGCUAGCAAGAGGCACAGUGUCCAUCCAUGUUGA